AUGGGCUCCUUCACUAUCAUCUCCAUCAGCAUCCUCCUCCUUUUCACUUUGCAGCUUCAAGGUCGAACCAAAGCCAAUCCUGUGUCCAAUAAUGACCUGGUGGAUUUCAAGAAUUUGUUGGACCGCCUGGAGGACAAGAUACCUUUAGAAGAGGAGGUCAUGACCUCACAAGGACUUAAUGAGCAGAAUGAGGAAACUGGGGAAGCACUUAGUCCUGUCUCUUCCUGGCCUGGGGAAGUCAACCCAGCCCAAAGAGAAGGAGCCUUUAACCGGGGCACUUGGGAGCAAUCUGAGAGAUCUACCCUCCUGAAGAAUAAGCUUCGGGCACUCUUGGCUUCCCCUCGUAGUCUGAGGCGGUCCUCCAGCUGCUUUGGGGGCAGAAUUGACAGAAUAGGAGCCCAAAGUGGACUUGGCUGCAACAGUUUUAGGGUAAGGAGAUAUGGGAAUGAGAAUGGGAAUGGGAGAGGGAGAAAAGAGACAGAGCUAUGCUAA